AUGGACGAGAAGGGAAAGAGUGAGAAGAAAGGAAGAAGAACUGGUAACAGAAGCACUUCCACUGAGGCUAUUGGCAGUGAACUGAGCAAUACUCUACGCAUCAGGGAAGCUCGGUGUGGAAGUAAAAACGAACAGCAAAGAGGCAAUGAUGAUGUAGAUUCCAAAGAAAGAAAAGAGAAAAGGAAUGUAAAAGCUAGAAAGAGAAGUGACACAGCUUCCCCUUUAGCACAGUUUGAAGAUCAAUCACCCUGGUAUGUUCAUGAUCAUAUACAUGUAUAUUGUGUUGCAGAAGAAUUUUGCAAUUCCAUUUUUUUUUGUAACAUGUUGUAACUGAUUUGAGAAAAUAAGUUCUCACUUAAAAAAAAAAUUCUGAAAAAUAUAAUACCCCCAAAAUUUACCAUCUUCAGUCGAUGGAGGGAAGGGGGGAGAGAGAGAGAUAUUUGCAAUUGAGUAGGAGAGGGUAGGGGAAGAGGCAGAUUUUGGUUCCUGUUGUUGUUUCAGCCCUUCUGGGUAGUGAAGUACAUGUAUUUCCUCUGAGGAUAAAUUCUAAUGUAGUGACUACAAAUUGACUCAUUCAUAUAGUUAUCAUUUUACUUUGUCACUCACUGUUUCUCUGAAAGCUCUGAAGACCUUGAAAUGCCCAAGAGAAGACGAGAUCAGAAGAAAAAGAAUGAACAGUCAAGCAAGGAACAGUCAAGCAAGGAACAGUCAAGCAUUGACUGCAGAAUUGUUGAUGAAAGGCAGGAAAAAGCUGACAGUGAGAAAGAAAAAGGAACUAAGAACUUGACUGACAAUGAGAAAACAGCUACAUGUAAAGGUGUGUACAAGAAGAAUGAUUUCUUGAGCUAAAAUUAUUUCUUGAGCUACUGAUUGGCAUCGUGCCACGCUGAUAGCUACAGUAUUUUGGGUUUUCAUGUAGUGGCUAAUUACCAAUUAAUUUACUGCAUUGAAUUACCCACAAAAUAAUUCGCAACCAAUAAAUCAGUGGUUAUAUCCACAAAGCAUUUCUUUUUUUUUUUUUUCGGUUUUGAGAAAUAGGCAAUUUUUUUUUGUUUUAGAUUAAAGACAUAUCUCUUACUAGCCCUGGUGCAAAGCAGGCUAGCCAUAAAUCUGGGGAGUAUGACAAGUCAAACAAAUUUUUUAACUUAAUGGACCUUACAGUGAGAUACUGGCUGGUUCUCAUGCAUUUUAAAUGCAAUCAUUAUUUUACAAGGAUCUUUUCAUUUUCAGAGCCCAAACCUUUGGCCUCCAUAUUUCUAAAAAAAAAGGCAUUAAACCCCAAAGCUGACAUUUUAGAAGAACAACCCACAGAUUUGGUUGAUUCAGUAUCAUCACCCACCACAACCUCAACGACAAUGGCAGACAACACUGCUGGUAAAUGCAGCACAAGUGAUAUACAUUCCUCUUCACUGAAAGAAAAACCAACCAUCAAUCAGGAAGCUGCCAAAAAAGCUUUUAAUGCAUUGUUCACUGGUACACGUCAUCAGAAAACUCCCCCUGUUGUUACUGCGGCAGAGGUUCUUCCAGCUCCAUGGCCAACUGUCACCCAUGUGGUUCAAAAAGAGCAUCAUAGUUCUCUUGGUGUUAAUUUCUGGAGUCUUCCUUGGCCCAUUGGGAGAGGUCACAAAUCAGAUGAUUUCUCUGGCAGUUUAUUGCCUGAAGGUACAGUAGGUGUACUGUACUACAUGUGUUGUCUAUGGAUACACAAAUGAAUGAAGAUAAGAGUUUGAACAGUUAAUCAUGGCUUUAUUCAUCACUAGUGUAGGUUGCAGUUGUUAGCCUUGUUUGAUAAUUUGUAUUAAUUUUACAGUACAUAUUUUUGUCUUAUUAUCGUUGAACAAAUUGGGUACAUGAGGUGAUCUCACAGACAGAUGUGACUGCUAAUAGAACUUAACAAAUGUGUUCUUUAUGUCAUAUUUCUCUUCUAUUCAGAUUACAUUUCCAACGCAAUGUCACAAGAAGAUAAAGUGAUGUUCUCUGGACCAAGAGCUUUUGAACAGUCCCUGUGUCACUCCAAGAGAGUGGUUAGUAAUAAUCAUAAAUUGAGAGCUCUUUUUCUUGUCAAGUGUAUCCUUAAACUGUUAUACAAUCCCCAAUGGUGGAUUAGAAAUGGUGGAGGGUGGCAUUGGAUUUUAUUACUGGCAUUAACUUUCACGCCAAAUUGAAUACAUUGCAGUAUUCUGAUGGAGUAGUCUCAUCAACCGACUCAGAGUAACCCUAAAAUUAUUUCAAAUUGCUUCAGUUUUGAUGAUAGGUUGGGUAAACUUUGAUAUACUAAACAUUUAGAUAUAUGGUGACUUUUGUUGCAUGAAUUUCCUUUUUAAAAAUAUCUUGAAUUGUCAUUGAAAGCUGACAAUCAUUUUUUUGGUUGUGUAAUAUGCAAAAUGAAAUAAAAUUUUUCUCAGUCUAUCAUAAGAUGGUGUUUAAUUUGUAAAAGGGGGUAAGUUUCUUAGCCCUUCAUCAGAGCAAUAGACAAAGGUCAUAUGCUCAAAAUGUCAGCUUGUAAACUCUUUAUGGUGGCCAAUUUAUGUUAUCAACUCAGUUUAUAAUACUAAAUUACCCUGUUUAAUUUUUGUUUUAUUUUCUUCCAUGACAAAAUAUUGACAGGAACCUAAAAAAACAACCAAAAGUUUCUCGGAGGCUAUCACAAAGAGUAUUGUCUCAGAGCUGGCUUUGUUUUACCCUGGCAUACCCUUAAGGAAACUUUACAAACGAUAUUCAUCAAAACUGCAAAAGUACAGAGUAAAUAGUACUGUUGCAGACCUUGAACAAACUGUUCCUGAGAAAAAGCCAGAUGAGAGAGUGAAGAGCAGAGUGGAUUCAUUAGGAGACAAAGAUGGGAAAGGUAACAUUGUGGCAUAUAGUUUAUGUAACAAAAGGGAAAAAGGAAAGCAGCAAUUGUCUUGUGCUGGGGAAAGAAGCCUGGAGAAAGAGAUUGCAAGGAAAAAGGAUGAUUUAUUAGUAUCAGAAGAGAAACAUGGUCCUGUAACCAACCAGCCUGUGGAGAAGCCACGCCAGAAAAGAAGAAGAGAAGACGAUGGUGACCAAUAUCAGGCGGAGGUCAUCAAGGGACGAAGGUUAUCCUUAAGAAUCCGGAGAAAGAAGACAACCUUGGAGACUGACACUCUAGACAAUAAUUUGGAGAUACCAGAAACUACCUCAAACAGAAAGAAGAGAAAGAGAACAGGUGAUUAUCAAGAUGGUGGAAAAGAAACGUCAGAACCUUCCACACAAUUCAACAAGGCUGUAGAGAUACCUGUUGUUCCCAACAGUUGUGCAAGUAAUGUGGAGACUUUUGUCAAUGAUGCAUUGUGGACAGAGUUGUAUCGACCACUGCACUCCACUGAAGUCAUGGCUAAUGCUUCUUCUGUUAGCAAACUACGAUCCUGGCUGCAAGAAUGGAAAAUCAAGAGAGAAAAGACCCUGAGGAAAGAACUACAGCAACAGAAAAGGUAUCAUAUAAUGUAUUAUAUUUAAUUGAUCUCUUUUUCCUUUGUCAUGUAUUCAUCAUCACAAUCUGAAACAAUGACAAAAGUAAUUAAAAAAUAUUUCAAACUAAGGAAAAAAUUCUCCUUGUAACAUUAUUAGAUUUUCAAGCAGAAAUGCUGUGAUAAGAUACUAACAUAUCAAUCAGAGGAUUCCAUGAAAUAACAAAUUCUCAGAGCUCAAAUUGUUAGAAAUGUAUAGCAGACAGUACAGAGAAUUGAUUGUUGGAUCAUAAGAGGGAAAGGCUGACUACAGAUCAACUCACUAAAGUACAACACCACCUACUCCUCAGCAGUAGCAUUCUUUAUGUAGCCAGUUGAAUUUUGCUGAGUCUGGUUCUGAUUUUAUAGACUUCUAGCAAAACAGAAAGGCAAGCAGUCAAGCCACAGCCAAGGCUCCAGCCACUCUCUGGAGUGGUGGGAUGCAGACAGUGACUCUGACUUCCAAAUGAGUGACCAUGCUUCAGAUGAUAGUGACACAGAGGAAGGUGGUUUAAAUACUGCCAUGUUUAUCUCUGGUCCCACAGGAGUUGGGAAAACAGCCAUGGUGUAUGCAUGUGCAGAGGAACUAGGUUACAAGGUAUUAAUUGCCUUAAGCCUUUAAUCCCUAACAUCAGUCUAAGCAUGUUCUCCAUACUGUUUUUUAGACAUUUCCUAUGGUACUGACAAGGGGAAUUUGUUUAACAAUCAAGAGCCUGUUUAGUUGGUGAUCAUUUCCUUUAUUCUUGUGGCCUUAAUGAGUGAUUCAGGGGUGAGUCCUCUCAGGACUACUUUCACUUGGACCAUUAGAUCACACAAUCAAAUUUUAUUCCUAGGCUCAAACCAUCUACUGUAUUAGAGAAUUUUUUUGAAAGACUGUAGGUUACCAUGGUAUUUAUAUGGUGUAGUUCAUGCUAAGCCAGUUUAGGUGCCUUUGAUAGACUGCGAUCCUGUCAGGGAGUACAAAAAUCCAAGUAGUGUAGUCUUAGGGGUUAUUGGGACAGCCAAAUCACCCCAUUGCAGUGACACAGUUAUCCUACAAGGAGAGAGUCUCCAGAGACUCAUACGACAUCUGAAAAAAUGACAUGAAAUUAAGCAAAAACAUCUUGAGUGAAAUAAUGGUUCAUAGACAGUAUUUGUUCCAUUUGCUUAAUGUGCAUGAGGAAAUAGUGACUGUUUCUGGUAUUGUGGGUAACUUUUGAAAUUUGUAAAACUUUAGGUAUUUGAAGUCAACAGUUCCUCCAAGCGUUCUGGCAAGCAGAUCAUGUCACAGCUUGAAGAAGCUACUCAGUCACACCUUGUGAUCAACAACAAGGGUCCUGCCCCUCAGUCUUCCUUUGCAGGCCUCUUUGAUAAACCUGUAAACAGUUCUCCCCCCUCCACUGGUCCCCUGAGUGCCUUUUUGCAGAAGAAUACAAGUGUGUCUGAAACCAAAGCCAACAAGAAUGGGAAAAGAAAGAAAGACAGGGACAUGAAAGAGAAGAAGAAAGUGGAAUCCAAAGGGAAAGGCAAAUCCAUUCUCAAGCAGCCAUCACAACAAAUUAAAGAUGACAGUGAAUUAUGUUCAAAUUUGUCUUCAAAAGCUGCCUCUCUGAUUUUGUUUGAAGAGGUUUGUUCAUUGUCUGAUCAUUUUUUUUUCUUAAAGAACAAAAUUUGUUAAUUCUAUUUUUAUUUCAGCUUCUUAGAUUGUAAAUUAGAGGACUUGACUGAAGACCCUGUGGUCAUCUUCCUUCAAGACUUGUUCCCUACCUCCUCUCUUUUCUCCUUCUCUCUCCAGUCCUCCUGAUCAUUAUCAUCAUUAUCAUUGUCAUUAUCACGAGCCCCUAUUUUACCACAUGUCCUAUGAGCACAAAUGUGUAUUUGUAUAGCUACUAAUAUAUUUGCUGUUACAUCAUUAAUUGUCCAGGUUGAUGUUAUUUUUGAAGAAGACAAGAGUUUCUGGAUGGCUGUAAACUCCUUCAUGCAGAAUGCUAAGUGUCCCAUUGUUUUGAUAAGCACAGGUAAGAAAACCCAAUAUGGUCAGGAACCAUUAAUAAUAAUAAAUCACUAGUAGAUGUUCUCUUGUUUUGUUUGUGUGUUGGUUUGUUUCCCAAAUAUUGUAAUUCAUAAAUCCUGAAAUGCAAAGCAGUAAUCAUUUUUUUUUCUAAUCUCCUGUAACAAUUAUCUCCUUGCUAAACUGCUGGCUGCAUAGUGUAUGUAUGUACAUGUUUAAUCCAAAGCACAAUCUCCUGCCAGUUAUUAAUAUGUUUGUGCAGGUUCACAGCUUUGGAAAAUUAACCUGCAGAUCUGUUUUUGUUUAGAAAGGGUAAUUGAUAGUCUGUAUUUCCUCUCUAUGAAAGAUUUGCACACAAUUAUUGGGUUAGGGUGUUUGAGAUGGAAAAAAGUUCACUUUCAUAAAAUGCCCAUUCAUGCAUAAACAUGAAAAAUAUUUUGGGCAGUUGUUGAUUUUUAAGUACUGUGAUGUACGGCCUGCUAAAAUUCAACCUAGAGCGUAAGGCUUUUAGAUUGACCUUUUUAGUUUAUAAGUGCAUCAGUUACUUGAAACUGUUUAAUGUGACAGUUAGUUGUUUCCCAAUUGAGCCAGACACUCAGAGGAGAUUAAUUUCUUACCUACCUUGUGUUCUUGAUCCAUAUCGUGAAUUUUAGCCCUGGAUUUUCGCUUUUGUUUAUUGCUCAUGUGUUUUGCGCCUUGAAGGGGAAAACCUUUUCCUGUUACCUACAGUGCUCACACAGCAAGAGUUAUUUAUUUUGCCAUUUAAUUAAUAUUUUUUGCAGACUCACAAGUGAGCUGUGAGGGACGAUAUGAACAAGUCAAGUUGAAAUCUCCAUCAGUGAAUCUUUUAGCUGCACAUCUACAACUUGUAGCUUUGACAAACAAUAUAUUUGUCAAUCCUGAAGACCUCAAGUCUUUGGUUGUACAAAACAACUGUGACAUUCGCAAGUCUCUCUUUGAUUUGCAAUUCUGGUCAGGAUCAGGAGGGGGAGUAAAGAUGCCAUACACAAGACCAUUUAGUUUAGAACCAAUUAAAAAUGAUGUUGGCAGAAGCAAUCCGAAGACUCAACAUACGUCUGUAACUUGUAAAAGUGGCAGUGAGAAUCUGAAGACUGGCAUUUCUUCUCAAGAUGUUAAUCAGUUUGAACCUCUUGCAACUGGUGGGAUUUUAAAUGACGAUGGAGAAGAAAGCCUGUUUCUUUCCUUAAGUGAUUGGCAGGCAAUCAAGAACAGAGGAGCUACAAGCCACUUGCGCUCUUCCACGAGAGGAACUCUUGGUCAAGCCUAUGGUGAUAACUCGGAUUCUGAUUUCUUUGAGCCUAAGAGGGCAAAACUGUCAUGUCCCGAAGGCUCAGCAGAUUCUGUCUUUGAAAUCACAGACACAAAUGACAGUCAACCAGUCAGCACUGUAAACGAAAAAGCUGAUACCUCCCGCCAGCUUCCCCCAGUGGAUUCCUUGCUGUUCGAGAGUGUGCACGGGAUGCUCAAUUGCGUGGCUGACCCAACUGUUGGGUCGUUGUUAAUUCUGCAAAAGGGAAAGAAAUCUGGAGAUAACGUUAAGGUAAACAAACCUUUCUUCUUUUUUCUUUUUCUCUGUGGGAGCAUCAACUUCCUUGGAGGGAAAAGGAGAUUCUAUUCUAUUGUCAAAGCUGUUUAUUUACCACCAUGAAGCCAGGUUCUUGUCUUGUUUUUCUAUCAAGUGUUGAUAUGAAAAAAAAAAUCUUUUUUUUUUUUUCUCUGUGGGAGCAUCAACUUCCUUGGAGGGAAAAGGAGAUUCUAUUAUAUUGUCAAAGCUGUUUAUUUACCACCAUGAAGCCAGGUUCUUGUCUUGUUUUUCUAUCAAGUGUUAAUAUGAAGCGGUCUCUUUUUCAUUUUUUCGCCGGUUGAUGUAGACCAUAGCAAAACUCAUUUGCAAUUAAGAUGUAUGAUCUUGUGUGUUUUUAUUUUGCUAAGGACUAUGGUAUUUUUGACAAGCUGCGACUGACACACUUCACCCAAGGACUUGAUUUGAAUUUGGUCCAAACAAAUCUGAGUAACCUCAUCCCGCUGUUUGCUGAAUCAUCAUCGUCAUUGCCGCAGACCAGACAUGAUCCACAAGAGGCUCCACUUGAAGACCAGACAACUGAUGUUGAGCAACCAAUUGCAGAGGAAAUGGUUUUCAAGAGUGUUAAUAUAUUCUCUGAUAGAAGUCUUUUUGACGAUGGCACUGAUGAAUCUACCAAUAAAGGGGAGACUGAAGUUGUCACGGAAACAGAUCAUUCCAUAGAUAAGGAAUCAGAAGAUGGAAAGACAAAGCUGUUGAAUACUUCUCAGGACUCUGUAGACACAGGCUUUAGUGAGUCUCAACCUAAAGAGGGUACUGGUGCCACUGGGGAAGGUGAAAUGCUUAAAGAGGACUCUGUAAUCUGUGGAGAAACUAUCUUGAAAGGAAAGAAACCUGUUCGUAAAACGCAUUCCCAUAGUAAGAGGAGUUUAUCUGUUUCUAUAACAAAAUAGCAGUGUGAGUUUUAGGUCUUAAAUAUUGAAAAGCAUAUGAGGUUGUAAACAACGGAUUGGUUUCAGGGUUUGAAUCCUGAAGGGGCAAGUUUGGCUUUUACUUCGUCCUCAAUCGUUAUGAUUUUCUUUUCAAUGUGUUCUUCCUCGGCUUGCGAUGACUUAAAAAUGUUUAUUUCAGGACCAUGAGUGGGUGAGCAAGAUACUUGACACCUUUCUGAUAUCAAUGGGAAACUGCUUGAUAUACCAGGGUAAACUUAAUGAAUUUUCCUUUCAGGAGAAAGAUGCUGCACCAAAGCUUUAGAUGUAUUCGCGCAGUUUGCAGAAAACCAGUCGUUUUUAGAUGCCUUCUGCCCAAGUCUCUCUGUCUCUAACACCCAGUCUUCCUCUGUUGAUUUUGGCUGGUGGGAAGCUGUGCUGAAGCCAGGGCUCACAGACGAGCACGUGACCGUAGAGGAGUGCAGUCAUUGGUUGGCUCGUGAUACACGAGCAAGCAUUCGGGCAGCAUCAGAAGUAUCUAAUUUGGAGAGUUGUCGCACCAAAGUGAAUUGUCUGGCUAACGAUUUAAAAGAAGUUAAAAAUGUAGAUGAAGAGGAGAGCCCAAAUAUUUCGGAAAAUGAGCUUUUUAAUUCUAGCUUAAUAUCGGAAGACCUUCCUCCACGUGAUUGUGGUUCUUUGUUGCAGUUGAUUUCACCCUCGCUCACACAAAGAAGGUAGGAUACGCGGCAAAAUUUCUUUACUCAUACAGAAAAAGCCAAAAGGAACCCUACGCUGAGCGAGAGGAAACGUUUGUUUGUUGUUCAUUUUGACCUGUUGAACUUGCUUUGGUUUUGACUUACGGUGCUUGAUUGGACAGCUGGUAUACCAAGAAAAAUAUCAGUAAAUAAGUUAUCAGUUGAUCCAAUGCCAAAUUCUCUAAAGAGAAAGCAUCAUAGGAAUUGUAUGGCACACAGUAAGGAGAAUCACUGAGGAGAUCUUGGGAGUGAAAAGAUUAAGCUUUCAGAGGUUCUCCCCCCACCCUUCCCUCAGCCCAAUAUCAACCCUAAUUUGUUAUCAGUUGAUUGUCGACAGGAGCACAGUUGUUCAGUUGUUUGAUUCCUUUCUUUGUGACGUCGUUUCACUUUUUUCUCUGCUUUUUUGGUAUUUGUUGUUGUUGUUGAUUUUUAUAAGACUCUCGCUUGGUGAGCCCUUUACUUAUUGUAUUGGCCUUGUUUUAUCAUUCAGUUCCACAGCGAGCCGAAGAAAGCUCUGUACCUCCGUGCUGUCCUGUAUCCCCUCACUGUACCACUGCGAGCAUCGCUGUGUAGCAAGUGAUUACAUACCAACGUUUCGCUUGCUUUGUCACUCAGAAAGACUCCGAGAAGCUGCUAACGUCAAAAGAAGGUAAAUUAACAGAACUUUACGUUACCUUUUUUCCCUAGUUCUCAAAUGGUUAUGAGCUCAGCCUGUCACAAAAAUAUUGGUAUAACGUAAUUGUACGAAAAAAGCGUGUUUAAAAAUGGUUUUGUAACUGUUGUUCAUGUAGUUUUAGAGAAUGCUGCCAAACAUCGUUAAUGCUCUUAGUGGUAUCAGUUAGUGCUGUUACGAAAGUUUAACACUGAUGUAAACCUGAUUUGUUUUCAGAUUUCUUCAUUAUCUGGAUCUUAAUUCGUUUCCAUUGAGUCGUUCCACAAUGGAGGCUUUAGCAGACAGUUAUCUGGGACAGUAGCGUAAUGUAAUGCGGUUUUUUGAACAAUUUAUAAUUUCUUGAUUCUUUUGCCGAGUGAAAUGUAAUUUGGGGCUGAAGGAGAUACUGUUGAUGUAUAAAAAGUAAUGUUUUCAAUCUCGUACUCUUAUUUCCUCCAAAACGUGUACUUGUGUCUCAGCAAUUGCUAUUAUAUCUAAACGCAAAUCCUGGUUGAUACGUUUUGCUCGUUCUCAUAGCCUCCUUGCCAAAUAGUUUGCCAAUUUUGUCUCGAUAAGUUAACUUUUCAUCAUUUUUUUAAGUAAAAAACCUCAUAAAAUCUUAGGUCACGAAUUUAAGAAGGUUUUUAGCGACGAGGGGAGAUUUCUUUUUUAAGAAAAUUAAGCUCCUCCGCAAGGUGGAGAAUCAAGAAGUUAAAAACUAGAACUAGGAGCUAUGUGUACAGUACUUCAUUAUUGGAAUUCAAGCAGAUGUUUUCAUAAUUAAAUACUUUAUAUACUUAAGCCAAGUUUUUAACUGUCAUUUUGACUGUCAAAAGGUAUCACAAUUAUCCAGUCGGGUAAAUAAUCACUGUUCUCAACUGAUGAACUUCUGAAUACAAUGAUGUACAAACUGAAAUAUUAAUAUAAUUCAUUGUCUGUGUUUUUCCAUGAUUGGACAAGAAAGUCUGAAACUCCUCUGUUCUUUAUAAUUGUUAAAAACCGGAGAUACUGAGUCGAUUAGACAAGAUGGUCGGAGACUCCUCGGUUCUUCAUGAGGUUUUUCAAAAACAGAAUCUACAAAGUCGACUGGACAGGAAGGUCGGAAACUUCUCAGUUUUUACGAGAAUUGUCGAACAAUGUGCGAGUGAACUUAUUUCAGAUAAACAGAGAUAUUUUAUUGUAAAUAUUUUUGAAACUGUCAGUGGAAGAAAUGCUACUUUUGUUUAAUAUUUAUGAAUUUAGUUCUUCCUGAUCACGAUUUUCCCUCUAUAGAUGAAAUCCCAUUUUUGUGUUACAUGGUAUUGAUGAUGCAACGCUUAAAUUUGGACUUCCUUCGGAGAAAGGAUUAAAAUAUAUAAUUCAUCAAGGCCUCAAUGUCAUAAGCAGCUGUUUCCUAGACGGUUUUCUUGACAGGUGUUUCGUGGAAUUGUGGUGUGUCUAAUACGAGAAAUUUUACUCCAAUUUUCCACGCGUAAACCUGGCACGUUUCUUAAGAAAACUCAUCGCGGUGGUCAUUUGUUAGUCGAGAUGACUUGUCAGUGGCUUUUGUUGAAGGAAAUUUUUGCUUGGCUACUUGUCGGGAAAAACUUAGCUAACGGAAAUCAGGGUUUCAUUCUUAGGCCGUCCAUGAAAUUGUUUUUGUGUGUUCGCUGGUGUUUUUAUUUCCCUAUUUGGAUCUGCUAUCUAGGGCUGAGAUAGAAGAUACCGAACCAUAGAUACAACUUACUAAUCUGUUUCCAGCGACCAUUUAGAAACCACUGUUAAUGAUAAACCUAUGAAGGAAGUGGGGUGCAAUAGGUAGCUAGAUCUAAAUUUAAGGCAUUUGUGUGUAUGUAUAAUUUAAUUUAUUCAAUUAAGUUAGUCAUGUAAAAAAAUUGCUUUUCCUCGUAGUCUUGAAAUAAAUUUGUAAAAUCCAACUCGUUCUCAUCUCAGUCACAACUACCAGAGGCCAAUAAAAGAGAGCCGAGAGGUGUGAGAUUUAAGGUGGUUUUUUAAUUGAGUGCGAUCGACUGAGUUGACUCAAGAGAAAAUAGAAAUUAGCAUCUAGCGCGGUGAUGUCCACCUCGAACGGUUUCCCAAGAUGAGGGUAACUUUAUGGGAAAUUUAAUCUCAAGGGCGCGUUUUGGUGAAGGAACGGACACUUUCCAGUGAACGCGCGAGGAGCUA